CGCAUGUUCUAUUGACAAUUGAGUAGAGAAAUCAUGGCCCCGUUGGAUGGCAAUGCGCAGGAGCUGGUGCAGCUCGCGGCAGAUGCGGCCACGAAAGGAGGCACCGCGCAGGGCUGGCGAAGCUGGCGAAGGACCUGUCCCACAGCUCCCUGCAGCUACGGCUGGCGGAGAUGACGCUGCAGGGCCUCCAGACCUGCGAGAGGAAGCGGUCCUUGGAGAUGCUUCCUGCUCAACAUGUCGAGCAAGUGCUUGUGGUGAGAAGGGCAACGCAUCCUCCUUUCAAGCACGCCAAAGGCUGCGUGCAGAGCCUGGUGACGUUCAUCUCUCCAGAGGACCCCCAGCUGGCCAAAGAUGCAGCCUGGGCGCUCUCUCAGCUUCUGCAACGCUGCGCCAGCGCCUCCGCUUGGGCCCUGGAGGCGGGGGGCCUGCAGGCGGUGCAGCGCUGCCUCGCUCGCCGCGUGUCCCAGGACAUCUUGGAGCUCUUCGCGUGGCUGGCCUUUGGCAUCGGGGGAUCCAAGGGUCUCCUGGAGCUGCUGGAGGCCAACACGGGCUCCGGGCAGGUUGCGCAGCUAGCCUGGGUGAUCUUCGCGCAGCGCAGCUGGAAGGAUGCCCACGGCGCAGAGGCGCCUCACUGCUGGGAGCUGCUGCGGCUGCUGAUGAGUCACCUGGACCUUGCGCUGCAAAGGCGCGACGAGGAGGUGAUCCACGCCGCGGUGGCGACCCUGCAGCGGAUGGCCGAGGACCUGCCCAGCGUGGCCAUCCACCUUGUAGGGGCGCCCAACUGCGGCCGGAUAUUUGUUCAAGUGCUGCAGGGCCUGGGCUGCGACACCAAGCCGCGGAUCAGCACCUGCGCCUGCCUGGCGCGGCUCCUGCAGGCCAUGGCAUCCUGUGGCAGGUGCCAGGCGCGGGAUCUGCUGCGCCAGCACGGGGCCCAUCAGGCGCUGCAGGCCAUGGCUCAGGCGGAAGGCGCGCUGGGCGAGGCGGCCUGCGGCGCCCUGGCGCAUCUGCUGGAGCCCCGGGAGCUGAGCCCGGCGCUCUCGGCGCUGGCCAGGGCGGAGUUGCGGCUGGGCCGCGCGCCGCGGGUGCGGAGCUUCCUGGAGGUGCUGCCCGGGAUCUUCGAGACCGAGCUGGAGGAGAUGCACGUGGUGCGGGAGCUCAUGGGCGUGUUGCUGCAGCUGAACCCCUUCCUGCAGGCCGAGAAGCUGCGGCGCUGCCGUGCCGCGGCCUUCCUGGCGACCUGCGCGGGGGCCAGGGCUUUGGUGCCCAGGGUGGAGCCGGGGCUCUGGGAGGAGCUGGACGCCUCAGUGCAGCUUAUCGUCCAGGAGCUGCAGCGGGUAGACUUCCGGGGCGACAGCGCAGGCUACGGGCCCAGCUUCGAGGCGGUAGUGGACGAGCUGGGCAAGGUGGCGCAGGGCAGCCCUGGCUGGCGGCUGCGGCUGCAGCAGAUGCAGCUGCUGGAGCAGAUCUCGGCCAGGCUGCCGCAGGCGCGGGGUAACAAGCGCGCAGCCAAGUACUGCGUGUGGCUGGCGGCCGCGCUGCAGGGGCUGCCUUUCCUGGUGCAGGAGCUCCAGCGGAACCUGGACUCCGAGAACACGGUGGACGCCUGCUUCUGCACCAUCGUGGACGUGCUGGACGAAGACGUGGAGGGCGACUGGUUCUUGGCGCACCAGCACCGGGAGGUUUCGCAGCUGCGAAAUGAGCAGCGCGCGCUGCUGGAGCUGGUGGUGCGCGCCAUGGAGCGGCACCAGGAUGAGUACUUCAUCCAGAGCCGAGGCUGCCACUGCCUGGCGCUCCUGGAGCGGUACACGGGCCUGGUGCAGCUGCAGCAGCCCAAGGAGCUGCUGCCUCGGUUGCUGGAGGUCUGCGUGAGGGCGCUGCAGCAGGGGAAGUCCAACCUGGUGCGAGACAGCUCCUUCUUGCUGCGGACCAUGCUGGAACGAUCCUCCUGGGAGGCGCCCAAGCCCGAGGAGGACGGAGGCGCGGCGGUCCCUGGCCCGGGAACUCCGGCAAGCAGGCGUGAUGGAGAUGCUGCUAGCGCAGCUGCACGUGUUCGCGGAGGCCGAGAGUCACAGCGACCUGUUGGAGUGCGUGCUCGCGUGCAUUGCGCAGCUGGGGGGCGCCGACGCGGCGCUGGCGCCCCUGGCGCCGCUGGAAUCGCCCACGGCCAAGGCCGCGUGCCUCAAGGUGCUUUUCGAGAUCGGCAAGGAUGAGCCAAGUCUGCUGCAGCACGCCUCUGGUGCCGCCAGCGCUUUGGCGGGGGCCACGGGGGCGACGGGGGCUGACGCGGUGAUUGCGGCCGUCCACGAGUUUGUGGAGCGGGGGGACAGCGCUCUGCGGAGCCAGGCCGAGCUCCUCGGCGGCUUCUGCAGCUCCCUGAAGCGGUGAGGCGAGGGUGAAGGGAAACAAAAGGUAAAAGCGUUGCGCCAUUGAGGAGCCACACAUUUGCGAUGGUUUCAAAGUCGUCUGGCGAAGUGGAUGCAGGGGCCAUGAGCUGGCUGCUGCAUUCCCGGGAAGUGGAAUUCGAGCGCGCGGAUCUAGCGCGCGCUCGCGGAGGGCUAGGACCAACGUUUUCCGGCGGCCGCGGCUGGCG